UAUUGCUGCUGAUGUUGUUCUACUGAGGAAAGCUCUUCUUGGUCCAGAAACAUGGCCAGCAAGAAAGUGAUUGCUGUGUUUGGAGCAACAGGUGCUCAGGGGGGCCCUGUGGUCAGGGCACUUUUGGAUGCCAAACAUUUUGCAGUGAGGGCAUUGACCAGAGACGUGACUAAACCCAGUGCCCUGGCGCUCAAGGAUCUUGGUGCUGAGGUGGUGAAAUGUGAUCUGGAUGAUGAAGCAUCUUUAGUGGCAGCUUUAAAAGGUGUCUAUGGAGCCUUCCUGGUGACCAACUUUUGGGAAUAUCUCGACCAAGAGAGGGAAGUGCGUCAGGGGAAGCUGAUGGCAGAUGUGGCCAAGCGCCUUGGUCUGAAGCAUGUGGUGUUCAGCAGCCUGGAGUACAUCCAUAAGCUAUCCGGGGGAAAAUUGACCGUGCCCCACUUUGAUGGCAAAGGAAUAAUGGAGGAAUACUUCAGGUCCAUUGGAGUCCCCAUGACCAGCGUCCGCGUGCCAUCUUACUUUGAGAAUUUUCAUGGUGGUUUGAAACCUGCCAAAGCCUCUGAUGGAGAUUACUACACCUUGGCGCUGCCCAUGGGGGAUAAACCACUGCCUGGCAUCUCCGUUGCUGACAUUGGAGUCAUCGUCUCUAACAUCUUUAAUUCCCCAGAGGAGUUCAUCGGCAAGGCCAUGAACCUCGGUGCAGAAGCACUAACAAUGCAGCAAUAUGCUGAGAUUUUAUCCAAGGGUUUGGGGAAAGAUAUCCGAGAUUCAAAGAUCACUCCAGAAGCUUACGAGAAGCUGAACAUCCCUCAAGCGAAGGGGAUAGCCAACAUGUGUCGUUACUGGCAGAAGAACCCAGAACGCGAUGUCGAGCUCACCUACCGACUAAACCCCAAAGUCAGAAGCUUCCAACAGUUUGUCUCUGAGAGCGUGAAGGCCUUCAAGGACAUCUAGAAGACCCGCUGUUCGCCUGGGUUCCCCAUCCAUUCUGCAUUCUCUCCUACACUGUUCCUCUCCAUCUCCACACAACAGAAAGCUUACAAUACCAUCAUCUGUAAAAUCUGUAGCCCUCCCUGUGGUAGGAAAUGCUGCACUAGAGACCUGGGACAGUGAUUUGACUCAAGAAGUUUUCAGCCAUUGAUAUGUUCAUCUGUUAGGGGACACAGGAAGCCUCAAACCGAUGUCACCUUUUGUAGCUCUCUGUCCCUCUAUGUCUCUCUCUCUAGCCCAGUGAUCAGUCACUUCCCAAGGCUCUGGUUUGGGAGGAUGCUGGAGCUCCUUCCUAACACAACAUGAACCCACUCAUCAGCUUUCUUCUGUGGGAGUGAGUUCAAGACCCAGGGAGCUCCUUUUUCUCAGUUAACUUAUCAUUUGAAUCUUUACAAAAAUAAACAUUGAUGUGG